AUGAAAAGUACUGAGGAAAGGAUGCUGCGAUCAAAGCAUACAGAUAAUAAUGGUAAGGAGAAAUUUGAUUUUGAAAGAAAUGAAUUUGAUCUAGACAUUAAUAAGAGUAGGAAAAUCAAUUCGAGGGUAUCCUUAUCAAAUAUCAAUAAAAUUUAUGAAAAAUCAAAGGCUAAAUCUAUGAAUGAUGAAGUUAGCAAUAAAAGAAAACAAGUAAUGAAGAUGGUCCUAAAAAUUAAAGACUACCAUAUUGAGAAACCCAAAGGAACAAAGUAUUCUAAAGCAUUGACGGGAGAUCGUAAGAGCGAUGACAUACAACACCAUCAUAAAAUGGCGAUAUCUUGUGAAAGUGAAAGUUCAUUAUUGCAUAAAACUGUUAAUUUAUCACCAAGUAAGAAAAACAAUAUAAUAUACAAGACAGUUGACCCAUUAGCUGAUGAAAAGUAUAAACCAUACCAUAAAAAAAUGCUACGUCAAGAAAACAGAAUGAUUGAAAGGGAUGCAUCAGAAACUGAACGUGAAGCUGAUAGGUUAUUGUUAUUAUUAGAUAAACUAGACAUGAUAGAUUGGAAGAUAACAUUGGCCAAAGUGACAGUCAUAAAUAAUAUUGAGGAUGCGGAGGAGAUGAAUAGCAAAAGAGUCAAGACUAAAGAAUUAAUUCAAAGUAUGCUCGCAAAAUAUGAGUCUACGAACUUGAGAGCUUCGUUAUUUUCGAAAUCGACAAGAAGGUCAGUUAAAAUAGAUUCAAAAAAGGAUUGGUAUAAAAUAUAUAAGCAGAUCGAUAGACGAUUACUACUAGAUUAUCAUAGUUCAUCUGAUGAAGAUGAAGAUGAUAUGAACAUUGAAAAAAUUAGAGAGCACAGAUUGAAGAAAAGAAAACAACAAUGUGGUGGCUUGAUCGUUGUAGGUUUUAGAGUAGAUAAUGAUGUUUCUAAUUAUAAAACAAACUUUAGAAAAUAUCAAAUUGUUACUGAGCCUUUAAGAAAUCCUUAUAUUGUUAGAUUAACCAAACAGGAAAAGGAUAUCUGGAAAGGAAAAGUUGAUCAGCUGAGUUCUAAAUUUGAAUAUCACAAAAAUUUUGGGAAGCAAACGGCUAUUAUGAAAAAUAAAGUGAUUAUUCAAGCUGGAGAUAAUAAUGUGGAUCAAGCUCAAAACAUAUUGUCAAACGAAUAUAUUGACAGACUGAAAUAUGAUAAUACAAUGGAUGAUGAUAAUAGUUCCCUCUCUUCAGCAUGUGAAAUCAACGAGGAAGAAGAGAUAACUUUGUCAAGAAUACUUGAAGAUGAAAAUAACAAUGAACAAAUCAAAAAUGAAACGCAGUCUCCUAGUUCUACCUUUAGUUUACAAACUUCACAGAAAGCUUUUACUCUGAAUCACAGUGAUUCAUUUAAAACGGGAGAGAAGAUAAGAACCGAAACUUCUAUUGUUACAAAUAAUAGCAGUAAUGCCAAUCAACCACUCACAACUGCAUUUGUAGACUAUGAGAAAGUUAAUAAUAUUACACCGGUUAUAAUAAAAACUAUUCCUAAUACCAAUGGAGGUAUUAAACAUUUGGAUAGUGAAAGUAACCCAAAUAUAAACAAACCUGAAACUGAAAUGAAGAAUGAUUUCACAAAUAAUCUUGUUUAUAAUAAUGUUACAGUUAUAAACGAAUUACGACCACGUAAAAAUUUAAAUAAGCUAUAG